AUGGGCAAUAGCACUAGUAGUGCAAUCACGAUCAGUCUCGAUCGAACCAAUCCAUUUUAUUGCAGUAGUGAAAUUGUUUCCGGAAUGGUUGCAUUGAGCAUUCUUCAAGGAGAAGUGAAAGCCAAUGAAAUUUACAUAACUUUAACUGGUGAAAUUGGAUAUACAACCACACGAACUGUUUCAAAUAGUCGAGGACAGUCAUCAACACGUACGGAAUAUCAUCAUGUACCGUUUUAUACUGCGAAAGGUAUUUUCGCUCGACCUGAACCUGGCCAAACAGAAUUGAUCCUUGGUCAAGGUCAAUAUUCCUGGCCAUUUCAAAUCUCGUUGACAGAGUAUCUACCUCCAACAUUAAAUCAACCACUAGCAUAUCCACAUGUUCGUUAUUAUCUUCAAGUUAUUGUCGAUAAACCAUGGUACAAACCAAAUACAAGAGAAACUCAAUAUAUAACUGUGUAUCCUCGUGUUAAUCUACUACAAAUGCCUCAAUGUUUGAUAUCAACUUAUUUCGGUAGUCAAAAUCGUAAGAAUGUCAUAUUGAAAGGUACUUUAAACAAAUUAGGAUAUGUUCCUGGUGAACUGAUAACAUUUACAUUGGACAUUGAGAACUCACGUCGAGUCUUAAUUCAACAUAUUGACCUUUCAAUGUUACAAUCCUUUCAUAUUGUACGAAAUACCCGUGGAUUCACUAUCUUCCAGACAACUCUACCGAAAAUUGUCAAUACAAGAGAAGAACAAAUUCGAGAAACUUAUUCGAUCCUUAUUCCAUCCAUACCCAUGCCUCCAUCGUACCAAUUUCAAGGAGGAAUUCAUCGCUCAGCUGCCGUCGACGUAUCUUACAUUCUUCGAGUAGCAGUGAAAGUCGAAGGCAUGUUUACAGAUUUCGAUGUUAAAAUACCAAUUACAAUGGGAACUGAGCCUACUCCCGAUCUCCUCCAGCAGCAAGCAUUUAAUCCUUUGAGUGUCACAUAUUCCGCGAGUCCUGAACAGUCAAUGUUUAUUGACAGUGACGAGCCACCGCCUGCAUACCAUUCGGUUGUUGAGGACGUGAAAUAA